AUGAGGUCCCAGACGAUGAAGAACUUGAUUUCUUUGAAAAAGAAUAUCACUAGAAGAAUUAAACAAACCCUUGAGGAAAUAGCAGAGAAUUUAAGUCAUCCACAGCAAAGCCCAGCCCCAGUUCCAAUACCUAUACCAGUAAGAAGCGGUAGGAAUGUUAAUAGAUUAAACAAACAAUUUGCUAGAUAUUAUAGCACGUCUAAUAACUUCGCAAGUGGUCAUUAUAAGUUCCGGGCAUUCCAGUUUUUAAAUAUGAAGUACUCCAACAGCGGGAAGUUGGGGAGGAUAAUCCAGAAUAAUUCGAACUGGAUAAGGUUUAAUAUUCAGAAUUCCAACUUCAACCAAUAUAGAUCGCUUAGAACGUUUCAUAAGUCAUUCCUUUACAAUAACUUUUCGCAGAGGUACCAAUCACAGUUUGGUAACAAAAUGGCGAACAUGAACUUUUUCAGACAUCCUAAUAGUGGCUCACCUAUAAAAAAUCUAAAUCUAAAUAUCAGGGCAUUCAUGAACUCUAAGAAGUUCGAUACAUCUGAUCAUAGCAUGUAUAAACAAGACGUGGUAUUGCAUCAAAAACCACAGGUUAAGAGCAACAUACGUCUUAACGUGUCUUUGACUCCAAAGUUCUCUGAACUCACAUUGCUGAUGGCAAGAACUGUCUCCUCUGCUGGUUGUGAGGAGACAUCUCAUAACACGCAGGUGUCGAAUGGCUGCUACGUUGAUUUCCCAAUGAGUAGCAAAUUUUCCAUUCCAUCGAUGACAAUCUUGAAUAAUGAAAUACUUGACGAAUUAAUGCUAGACUUAAAGAUUCUUGAAUCUAGAAUUGCCGAAUUGAAACUGGAUUUGCAGGGUUUGUUUGAGUUGGGAGAGUUACCUAUGAAGUAUUUACACGAUCAAAAUAUUCUUAGGGUCUACUUUGCUAAUUGCGAUAAGGCAAGAUUAGAAGGCUUGUUGAGGGAAAAGAAUAUCAAGAAUGGGAUAAUUUAUGAGGAAGCUGUUGAAGGAUGUUCCUCAACUAGCGCAAAUGUCUCCGAGGCUGAUAUCUUAAGUUCGUAUUACGGCUCGUCUUCUUCACAUGGCUCGACUACAGAAUAUGACGAUGAUAUAUUGUCGGACUCUUCCCAUCAUCCGUUGUCGAGCGACAACAUCAUCAGAAUAGAAAGUGGAGAUCAAUCUCAAAACUCGCAACAUGUUAGCUUUAGCGAAGAGGAUAUAUGUUGGGUUUGA